AUGCCAUCGAAAACUUUUAACCCCAAAGAUUCUCUCAUUGGAGUCGACACUACUUUUGUAAUGCGUGUAAUUCCACUUCAAGUCAAAAAGUACUCCUAUUCUAUGGACACCUCUCGGUGGACAAAUAACAUGCUUUGCAUUAAUUUAACCAAGCGGAAAAUGAAUGCCACCGCUCAUAAAGUUCGUUUAAUUGGGUUGACCGGCCCUCAAUUUUUGAAAGUAACGUCCAAAUUCAAUAUCACUCUCCAAGCAGAUUUAAGCGACUGGCGAUCAUUUCUAAUAUUCCAGCAAGAGUGUACAAGAAAUUGGGCUGUUUGUGUACUUCAGCGUGCGUAUCGAAGUCUUUUAAAGAAGAGAUUAGAAAAGCAGUAUGAGUACUGUUCACACGUUGUCAAAGAAAUAGUGAAGACGGAAAUUACUUUUGUGACGUAUUUAGAUGUUGUGAUCAAUUUAAUAAAAAAGCCAUUAGACGAAGCAAAUGUGAAUGAAAGCAUAUUAACUGAAGAACAAGAAAAGACGAUAUUUAGUGUUCUUGAAAACAUUCAAAACACCAACCACAAUUUGCUCGACGAUUUAAUUCAUCAAUGCUCAAUAUACUCUCAACACACACAAGUAGGAAAGAUAUUUCUUCAAUUAAUUCCUUACCUGAAGAUGUACUCAGAAUAUUGUAAAUGCAACACUGCCGUAUCUAAUUUGGUGGGAACUACGCUUGCGCCCCCUCACCCUUUCUCUUCUUUUGUUUCUCAACAAAUGACAAAGGCGCCACCUGAGUUGAAACAACAGUCUAUAUUGUCUUUACUUAUUACACCCGUCCAAAGAUUACCAAGGUAUAAACUACUCUUAACUGACCUCUUCAGACAUUAUUGGGAUACUCAUGAUGAUUACGCAAGCCUUAAAAGGGCUAAAGACGAGAUUUCAAAGGUGGUGACAUUUGUGAAUGAGAUGUCGAGGAAACAGGACAGCACAGAGAUGCUCUUGUACUUCACUCAACACACUCAAGAUAUGCCCAUUGGACUUUCAAUAUGUGAGCCUGGAAGAAUAUAUUUGAGAAGAGACACAGUACUCUUACGAGAAACGGUAGUGAGAUCACCAAGUGCGGAUUUACUUGAUUCAAGUAGUUUUGAUGAGUCUGAAAAUGAAAUUGAAACUAAAGAACGCGAGCAGACACUUGUGUUGUUUAACGACAUGAUUCUCUUUUUAUCGAAGGAUUACGCUACGACAUUGGUUAACACUGGAUUAAAAUGGUUGUCAUACAUCUCAUGGGGAAUGACAAAAGAACCAAAUAUAGAAUACUUCCACUACUAUUUACAUUUCAGAAAUUAUCAGAGCGAUGUCGAAGUUGUUGGUGACAAUGAAAUCUUAUUGACGUCGAUCUUUUGCAACAAAGAAGACAAGGUCACUCUCAUUUUUGACAACCAAACUAAUCGAGACACUUGGUUUGAAACAGCUUCAGAUUAUAUCGAACAACAAAAACAAAUUCAGAAAGCUCUUAAUAUCAGAAGAAGCGGAGUCUUUUUCGAAGAACUCCACAAAGAGUUUAAAAGAAGGUCAUUCAAUAACAUGUAA